CUGCCGUUGGAUAGGGUGUAACUGUUCUGCAGGUGUCCUCUGCUGAGGAUCCUAUCCUAUUUCCAUACUUGAUACUCAUCCUUUGGACCUGAACCUGCCUUUGACUCAGGCAGCCAUGGUUACUCCAGUGUUCUCCAUACUGGGCUACAUCUACUCUCUGAGUCUUCUGCCCCUGCUGCUGCCUGGUUGGAGCCAGGGCAGUCCCAUCAUGUCAGCUGAGGAGCUUCGAAGUGGCCCUGGGGCCAGGGGUCUGGUGGAUACCUCCAUGUUGGAGCAGGAUGAAGACCUGGACAUGCAGGACUUUCUGGGUCAGUUUCUGUCCACGUUGAACCUCACAGAGCUGGGCCCCCAGCCAAUGCCCCGUGCGGCCCGUAAAGAGACACCAGAAUACAUGCUGGAACUGUACAACCGCUUCGCCAACGAUCACACGGCCAUGCCCUCUGCCAACAUUGUGCGUAGUUUCAAGAAUGAAGAUUCCUCCCCCUACAGUGUGACGGUCAGGGGCGUGAGGACACACCCCCUGCUGUUCAACAUCUCCAUCCCCCACCACGAGCACAUCAUCACCGCCGAGCUCCGCCUCUACACCCUGGUCCAGAAGGACCGCAGACACUACGCCGGCCUUGACCGCAAGGUUACCGUCUACAAGAUCCAUGAGGGGGGGCACUGGAGGAAAGAAGAGGGGAGGGACAGAAGAAGGAAUGAGCAGGAGACAGCAGAAAUUGAGGAAAUGGAGGAGCUGGCAGCCCGGCAAGUCUACGGUAAUGACGAUGCCUGGAUUACCUUCGACCUGACCCAUCAGGUCAACCUUUGGCGGAAGGCAGAGAGCUCCACCCAUCGACUGGAGGUCCACAUUGCAAGUCUGGGUUCUGAAGGUGGGAAGACCCCCCAGGAAGUCAGACAAGAGGAUGGAAGGAAAGAGUUGGUUGAUGUGGAUGUUGACAUGGGCUCAGAUGGUAAACACAUGCCAGUGGUGAUUGUGUUCUCAGAUGAUCAGAACAGAGACCAUCUUGAGGAGAACAAGCGGGAGCUCAACCAGAUAAUAGAACAUGAGAAUGACCUGCCGGCUGACCUGGAGCCGAGUCCACAGGUGAACUGGGGGAACCAGGCUGGGAACGAUGCUGGGAACGCUGAUGGAGAGGAGCUGGACGAGGAGACUCUCAUGCAACUGCACUCCAACCUAAUUUACGACACGCCUCCCCGAAUCCGCCGCAACUCCAAGGGUGACCCCUGUAAGAAGACCCCUCUCUAUGUGGAGUUUAAGGACAUUGGCUGGGAUACCUGGGUCAUACAGCCCCUGGGCUAUGAAGCCUAUGAGUGCAAUGGUGUAUGUAGCUACCCUAUGACCAACGAGGUCUCGCCUACCAAGCACGCCAUUGUUCAGACUCGGCUGAGCAGUAAGAUUCCACAGAAGGCAUCACCAGCCUGCUGUGUUCCCACCAAGCUACAGCCCAUCUCACUCCUUUACGUCGAGGACGGAGGAGUGGUCACCUACAAGCACAAGUACGAGGGCAUGGUGGUGUCAGAGUGCGGCUGUAGAUAGUCAUAGAACUGACUGUAGGUUCAGGAGAGAGGUAUAGAGACUGUGGAUUAACAUAGACUGAGUGGUCAUCAAUUUCACUAUCAAGAAGAAAAUCAGAUCAAAAGUGCCCAUUUGAAAAUAACACAUUUCUGCAAUCAUCAAGGAUACUUGCUUUGUGAGCUAGUAGCAGACAUAUAGUGUAAACAGAAUGGAUACAGUACACCAUAUUAAGUGCAUGAAUAAUUUAUAUAUCUAUCUAUUGCAGCUUCAACUACAUUGCAUGACAAAGAUAAACAGUGGAGGUGUAAAUAGGAAGAUGACAGAGCAAGAGGGGCCUGAAUGUAUGUGCAUUAAAGUAUGUAAAUUUG